CCCCGCCUCCCGCAGCGCCCGCCGAGCACCGACCCAGAGCGAGGCCGGCGGAGGGAGCAUGGCGGGGGCCAGGGCGGCGCUGCUCCCUCUGCUCCUGCAGCUCGGGAGCCUGGCGCUGGCCGCGCGCGGUGGAGAGGUCUCCAGAGAGCGCCCCAGGCUCGCUGACAUUCUUGACUAUCAGCAGCAGGCCCCCUCCCGCUCCUUGGCCCCUGCUGGGGCCCAGCAACAGCAAUGGUGCCCCCUGGAGGAGAGGCUGGAACGGCUGGAAGCCGAGGUGACUGAUCUCAGAAAGCAGAACAGGGACCUGCAAGCCAGGGUGAUGCAGCUGGAGUCUUGUGGCUGCUGCUCAGCUGCCUCCCAGUGUUGGGGGCUGGGACGCACCUGUCCUGAAGGGGCUCGCUGGGAACCUGACGUCUGCACGGCCUGUGUGUGCCGUGAUGGGACCGCACACUGUGGCCCUCAGCCCAACCUGCCGCACUGCCUCGGCUGCAGCCACAAUGGCCAGUCUUAUGGUCAUGGGGAGACCUUCUCCCCAGAUGCCUGCACCACCUGCCGCUGUCUGGCGGGAACUGUGCAGUGCCAGGGGCCCUCAUGCUCUGAGCUCAACUGCCCGGAGACCCUCACCCCACCUGGGGAAUGCUGCCCUGUCUGCCGUCCAGGCUGUGAGUAUGAAGGGCAGCUUCAUGAGGAAGGGGCCAGCUUCUUGUCCAGUUCCAACCCAUGUCUCCAAUGCUCUUGCCUGAGGAGCCUGGUUCGAUGUGUGCCAGUGAAGUGCCUGCCAAGCCCCUGCCCUGAGCCAGUCCUGAGGCCUGGACACUGCUGCCCAGCCUGCCAAGCCCCGGGCUGCACAGAAGGUAGCUCUCACAGGGACCAUGGCCAGGAGUGGACUGCUGCUGGAGACCCCUGCCGCAUCUGCCAAUGCCUGGAGGGUCACAUCCAAUGCCGCCAGCGGGAGUGUGCCAGCCUGUGUCCAUACCCUGCCAGGCCCCUUCCGGGCACCUGCUGCCCAGUGUGUGAUGGCUGUUUCCUAAAUGGGCGGGAGCACAGCAGUGGGGAGCCUGUGGACUCCCAGGACCGCUGUUCCAGCUGCCGCUGUGCUAAUGGGAGUGUCCAGUGUGAGCCUCUGCCCUGCCCACCUGCACCCUGCAGAUAUCCGGGCAGGAUUCCUGGGCAAUGCUGCCCUGUCUGUGAUGGCUGUCAAUACCAGGGACAUGAAUAUCAGAGCCAGGAGACCUUCACCCUCCAAGAGAACGGCCGCUGCCUUCGGUGUGCCUGCCAGGCCGGUGAAGUAUCCUGUGAAGAACAGGACUGCCCGGUCACCCCCUGUGCACGGUCUGCUUCUGGCCCCCAGCUCUGCUCAGCCUGUGUGCUCGAUGGUGUGGAGUUUGCUGAGGGGAUCCAGUGGGAGCCGGAGGGGCAGCCCUGCACCACCUGUUCCUGCCAAGAUGGAGUGCCUGUGUGCAGGGCUGUGCUUUGCUCUCCUGCACCCUGCCAGCAUCCUACCCAGUCACCUGGUACCUGCUGCCCUGGCUGCGAGAGCUGCACCUACCAUGGCCUAGUGUAUGCCAAUGGGCAGAACUUCACAGAUGUGGACAGCCCUUGUCAUACCUGCCACUGUGAGGAUGGGACUGUGAGGUGUUCCUUGGUCAACUGUCCUUCCACACCCUGUGCCAAGCCCCAGAGUGGACCAGGCCAGUGCUGCCCCAAGUGCCCAGACUGCGUCUUGGAGACACAGGUGUUUGUGGAUGGAGAACGCUUCCCUCAUCCAAGAGACCCCUGCCAGGAGUGCCAUUGUCGGGAAGGCCAGGCUCGCUGCCAGCCCCGUGCCUGCCCCAGCGCCCCUUGUGGUCACCCUCUGCCCAGCACCUGCUGCAGGACAGACUGCCAAGGCUGUGCCUUUGGUGGGAAAGAGUACCCCAACGGAGCGGACUUUCCUCACCCCACUGACCCCUGCCGCUUGUGUCGCUGCCUGAGCGGCAACGUACAGUGCCUGGCGCGUCGCUGUCCGCCGCUGUCCUGUCCCGAGCCAGUCCUGCCCCCGGGAGAGUGCUGCCCGCAGUGCCCAGAUGUUCCUGCUGGCUGCCCACAGUCAGGGGACGCCCACCACCAGGAGCACUUUUUCCCAUCGGGAGACCCCUGCAGCCGCUGCCUCUGCCUGGACGGCUCGGUGUCCUGCCAGCGCCUGCCCUGCCCGCCCGCGCCCUGCGCCCACCCGCGCCAGGGCCCCUGCUGCCCCUCCUGCGAUGGCUGCCUGUAUCAGGGGAAGGAGUUUGCCAGUGGGGAGCGCUUCCCAUCUCCUAGCAUCGCGUGCCACGUGUGCCUCUGCUGGGAGGGCAACGUCAAGUGCGAGCCCAGGGCUUGUGCCCCUCCACCAUGUCCCUUCCCCACCAGGGAAGACUGCUGCCCUGCCUGUGACAACUGUGAGUAUCUGGGGGUAUCCUAUCUGAGCAGCCAGGAGUUCCCAGAUCCCCGGGACCCCUGCAACCUGUGCACCUGCCUUGGAGGCUUUGUGACGUGCACCCGCCAGCCCUGUGAGCCUCCAGCCUGCAGCCACCCACUCAUCGGACCUGAGCACUGCUGUCCAACCUGCCAGGGAUGCCUGUACCAUGGGGUCACUGCUGCCCUUGGAGAGACGCUUCCUGAUCCUCUUGACCCCGCCUGCUCCCUCUGCACCUGCCAGGAAGGUUCUGUAAGCUGUCAGAAGAAACCAUGUCCUCUGGCUCUCUGCACCCACCCCUCCCCAGGCCCCUGCUUCUGCCCUGUUUGCCGCAGCUGCGUCUCUCAGGGCCGGGAGCACCAAGAUGGAGAGGAGUUUGAGGGACCGGAGGGCAGCUGUGAGCGCUGCCGCUGUUGGGCUGGCCAGGUCAGCUGUAUGAGGCUUCAGUGCCCGUCCCUGCCCUGCGUGCUUCAGGUCACAGAGCCAGGGAGCUGUUGUCCUCGAUGCACAGGCUGCCUCGCUCACGGGGAGGAACACCCUGAGGGUAGUAGCUGGGUGCCUGCCAACAGCCCCUGCUCCACCUGCGUGUGCCACAAGGGCGUCAUCACCUGUGCCCAAGUCCAGUGUGUCGGCGCCUGCAUCCGGCCCCAGCAGGGGCCCAGUGACUGCUGUCCUCGCUGUUCUGGCUGUGAGCAUGAGGGCCGGAAGUAUGAGCCUGGGGAGAGCUUCCAGCCUGGAGCAGACCCCUGCGAAGUGUGCAUCUGUGAGCUGCAGCCCGAGAGGCCUCCCAGCCUUCACUGUCGCCGGCGGCAGUGCCCCAGUCUGGUGGGCUGCCCACCGGGCCAGCUUCUGCCCCCUGGACCUCAGCGCUGCUGCCCCACCUGUGCCCAGGCACUGAGUAACUGCACAGAGGGCCUACUGGGGACUGAGCUGAUGCCACCAGACCCCUGCUACACCUGCCGCUGUCAGGAGCUGACGUGGCUCUGUACUCACCGGGCUUGUCCUGAGCUCAGCUGUUCCCUGUCAGAGCACCACACCCCCCCUGGCAGCUGCUGCCCCAUGUGUAAGGCUCCUACCCAGUCAUGCAUGCAUCAGGGCCGCCAGGUAGCCUCUGGGGAACACUGGGCCGUGGACGCCUGCACCAGCUGCUCCUGCUUGGCUGGCACUGUGCGCUGCCAGAGCCAGCGCUGCAGUAAGCUCGCGUGUGGCCGGGACGAGGCUCCUGCCCUGAGUCCCGGCAGCUGCUGUCCCCGCUGUUUGCCCCGGCCGGCUUCCUGCAUGGCCUUCGGAGACCCCCAUUACCGCACCUUCGAUGGCCGCCUGCUGCACUUCCAGGGCAGCUGCAGUUACGUGCUGGCCAAGGACUGCCAAGGCGAGGACUUCAGUGUGCACGUGACUAAUGAUGACCGGGGCCGGAGGGGUGUGGCCUGGACCCAAGAGGUAGCGGUGCUGUUGGGAACCGUGGCUGUGAGGCUGCUGCAGGGCAGGACAGUCAUGGUGAACCAGCACACGGUGACCUUGCCCUUCCUUCAGGAGCCUCUGCUGUACAUUGAGCUUCGUGGGCACACUGUGAUCCUGCAUGCCCAGCCUGGGCUUCAGGUGCUGUGGGACGGGCAGUCCCAGGUGGAGGUCAGAGUUCCCAGCUCCUACCGGGGUCGGACUUGUGGUCUCUGUGGGAACUUCAAUGGCUUUGCCCAGGAUGAUCUGCAGGCUCCAGAUGGGAGGCUCCUGCCCACAGAGGCUGCAUUUGGGAACAGCUGGAAGAUCCCCGAGGGGCUGGGUCCUGGCCGGCCCUGUUCUGCAGGCCGAGAGGUGGACCCAUGUCGGGCAGCAGGCUACCGUACCAGGCGUGAGGCCAAUGCCCGGUGUGGGCUCCUGAAGACCUCGCCGUUCAGUCACUGCCAUGCUGUGGUGCCACCAGAACCCUUCUUUGCUGCCUGUGUCUAUGACCUAUGUGCUUGUGGACCAGGCUCCUCAGCUGAUGCCUGUCUCUGUGAUGCCCUGGAAGCCUACGCUAGCCACUGUCGCCAGGCUGGGGUGACUCCUGUUUGGAGGGGCCCUACACUCUGUGUGGUGGGCUGCCCCACGGACCGUGGCUUUGUGUUUGAUGAGUGUGGACCGCCUUGUCCCCGUACCUGUUUCAACCAGCACAUACCCCUAGGGGAGCUGGCAGCUCACUGUGUCAGGCCCUGUGUUCCAGGCUGCCAGUGCCCUGCAGGCCUGGUGGAGCAUGAAGGCCACUGCAUCCCACCUGAGGCCUGCCCGCCAGUCCUGCUUACUGGCAACUAACUCACACGCUGUCCAGUCCCGGUCAGGAGCAGCCCUGGUUCCACCCUGAGUUAAGAAUACCCUCAGCCAGGACUUAUCUGGUCAGAGGUCACCCCUUGGUGAGCAGCAACCUCCAGGCCACAGCUGUAGAGACAGUGCCCUGCUCAGACAAUGGGAUCCCGGGCCUGUCCUCCAGACAUCCAUAGUGUCAAAACACAAGAAUAAACUCUAUACACUUGUCCAUGA